AUGCCGUUGGCGGUGGAGGAAGCGGUUACAGAUCUCGCGGCAGAAUUUGCUGUGAGCCUUGACAAAAACGAACUCGCUGUUUUGAGUCCAGCAUACGAUCUUGUGUCCUACGUCCUCUCUUUUCGACCAGCUGUUUCUCUCCCAUCCCCAUCCACACCCGCGCAAAACCACCUUGAGGUGCUUUAUCAGCGCGAGUACAAUGGCGUGUAUUCGUCAUACGAGCAUUCCGUAACACAUUCGACACCUUCCAGCACAUCAGAGUCUCUGUACAUUUUGCCCACCGAUAUCGUACUCGAAACUCUAUUCAGCACCACGUUGCUUUGCGUUGGCAUUGUGUUAGGCUCGCCUUCGUUACGGCCGAUUGAAUGGAACAAAUGGGCGAAGGAGGUGACGCUCGACGACAGACGGCCGCCAGGCAAGAGGAAAUUCGAAAGGCAGGGCGACGGUACAACUGUUGGCAACCCAUUCCGAUUCCUUGAAGACGGCGAAAGGAGAGGUUUCGCGGAUGUGAUGGGUCAAAGGAAGGAGUUUGCAAAAUGGGUCCGAGAAGGAAGCAAAGCGGAAGCGUCAUGA